AUGAGCUUUGCUAUCCCCAAACCAAUCCUUUUUCCCCAGGAGCUUAUCCUCAAGCUCACUCCAGUAAGGCUGUGUGUUUUACUACCCACGAAUCCUUCCUCGUUAGGUAUUUCUAUACCAUUCCAAGAAAUUCUGCAACAACCUUCGCCAUCUUGUUUAUUCGACUUCUAUGCAAAAUCUGAUCAUCAAUAUUGUCUUGUUUAUCUUACGACCCUCAGAAUUAUUGUCAUCCCAUUUGCCGAGAAAUCUUUCCAGCUUUCCUAUGCCUUUGGGCUACCAAUAAAACAGGUUGAAAAAUGCCUGAUUGGCAAUCCUGAUUCGUCGGUUGAGAUAUUGUUCCAUGCCCAAAACCUGAACUUGGGGUUAUCUUAUUCUAGGCUUCUAAUAUCAUCUAAAUCUCGCCGAAGAACAAUUGAUAUUGCAUCACUUAUUAGCGCUAUAAGAUAUGCCCAUGCAGUGGGUAAACAAUUACCAAAAAUCCUCAAAGAAACUGGCACAUCGAAAACACCAAGUUCUCCAUAUGACCAUGAUACGAUUCCUAUUCUUGACACAGGCUACGAUUUAUUUUAUCAUCAACUAGAUCCAAAACUUCAACUUUCACAUGGCCAACUAAUAUUUCCCGAGCAACCAAUAGAUGAUAUAGACAAUAGUCUUCCAUCUUAUUCUGAGUCUGAGCAGGCUGUUGGCGCUUACUUCAAAGAUUUGGGCCUUUUGAACCAGAUUGUCAUUCGUGACAUGGCGUAUCUCGAAAAUAUUCAACGUCUUUCUGAAUGGGCUCCUCCUCAAGUUUUUGAUUAUUAUUAUGACCAGGAUCUUAGCUCCGAAUUUCGCCCAUUCAUGUUUAUAUCAGCGGAUGAUCUGAGUUAUGGUAACUAUUACUACAAGUUUUUAGCAGAAAAUGCUCUCCGAUACUCCGAAAGAAACGUAGAUGAUAUCGUCCAGGUCAUUUAUGACAAUCUACAGGCCAGUCAGCCUCCGGAACCUGAACAACCUCUUGUUACUUCCUCCAAAGACUCAACUCCUCAAUCGACUCCUCAUAAAUUGCCAGAAAACUCAAAUUCAACACAACCAACUCAUUUAUUACAUCGUCUUUUGUCAUCAUCCAGCCUUUCUAGAAACGAAUCGUUACAUCGCCUCAUGACAACAUCAAGCCGGGGCGCUCGAACAUCGCUAGCCACCAAUACUACCAUAGUUUUGGGUGAUGGUGAUGAUACUGAAGUUUCUAGAUAUACCAAUAAUACAUCUACAAAUCCUCGUUAUAAUCAUAUAUCAACAACUAGCAGUGUCGGCAAUAUCCAAGAUCUAAUUGCUUGUGAUGAAGAUACCAGAGGUACUGAAUUGGAAAUGAAAAAUGAAAAUGUUGAUGAUAAGCACAAUGGGCUAAAAUUUUCAAAGGAAAAUCCAGAUGAACAAACCGCCAUUACUGCCGCAGCAAAGAAACUCGAUAUCUCACAUAAUGUUGAUUCUGAUGAUGAUAGCAAUCUGGUUGACUUUUUCACUGCGGAAGGGUAUUCUCGUAUUACUGCUUUCUUAGAUGACUCCUCUGUAUCAUUAAACAGCGGUAUUUUAGAGGAAGAUGAUGAAGUAAAGCAUCUUCAAGAAGCAAUGAUAUCUUCCAGGAUUCAUGAUAAUGAGGUGGAAUAUUUCUUCAGUGAAGAUGAGAAACAAUUAGAUUCACAAAUCAAUAAUCUGGCUCCACCUCAACCAAUUUUUCCUCAACAGUAUCUAGAAGAUUAUCCCAAAUCCACCAUUUCAUCUCUGGUACGUGACGAUCUAAACCCAAUCUUUUCACACAACACCACCACAUCACUUAGUUCUCCAACUCCAUCAGAUGUCAAUCUGUCAUUUUCUUUUGAUAAUUUGUCAAAAAUUCGUCAACUGUCUUUAGCUUCAAAUUCACGAAAUAAUUCAUCGGGACCAAUGCAACAUAGGGAUUUCCUCCUUAAUAAUAAUAAAUUUCUUGAGGAUGCCACUGACCAGAGCAUGAACACUUAUCUCAAUCGUGAUCCUGCUCAAAUGCCAUCUAACUCUCCUAUUAAUUCACCCGCUCUUACAAAUUUAUAUUGGCCGUCUGCUCCAAAAGGGCUCAAUUUUUUUAAUAAGAGGUCUGAACCAGCUAGUCCUCUGAUUCCUUCUACAUUUGAUGGAUCUUCCCUUAAUAACAAAAAUCUAAAGCCUCUUGAGUCAGAUUACUUCAAAGCUCCAGAGCCCGUUGUUAAUGAUGAUGAGGCAUGUGAAUUUAAAAAUGAUUCAAGCAAUGUAUCAGGUUGCGUGUCAGUUACUGAUAACCAGCAAUCUGCAUCUCUCAAAAAUGAAUUUUCUACACCUCAGCUCCGGUCUCUUGGAUCAUCAUUGAAUGUUAAAUCUCUUUUCGAGGUAUUUUCUAUAACUUCAGACAAGAGUGAUUUGGUAAGUGAUCAUACCCUCUUAGGAAGAAACUUGCAGCCUAAAAUCAAUAGCAACACUACAGCAACUAUUUGCGCUAAUAAUCAAACACCUUUGACCUCCAAGUCUAAGAUUGAUAUUGUUGCUCCUGUUUGCGAUGGGCAGGAACUCUUCAAUAUGAAGGAUGUCUCUGGUGAUACAUUGCCUGCUAACCAAAAAAAUGGCAUGGACAGUAUGGACAGCACAGGUAGCGCUGGUACAAAUGGAAAUGAUUCUUUAGAAUAUGAAAAUCAAAAAAUUCUGCCACAUGGAUUGCUGAUGACUUUCAAAAGUAUCAACGCCCAAAUUAAUAAAUUUACCAGCAAUUCUAUCAAACCAAGCAUAUCACUGUUUACAAAAGAGAUUUCGGGUUUCACAUCUUCCAAAUCAAAUAACCUAACCAUCCAUCAUAACUCCAAAGGCAAUCAUAUGACUUACUUGAGACAUAAAAAGUCUUCGCUUGCUGUCGAGAAAACAUCUCAUAGCCCUUCUCCACUGGCAUCACAUUCCGUCUCUGGUUGUGGCUCUGCUGUUUCUGGUUCUGCUACUUCUGGAUUAUCUCCGUAUGGGUUGAAUGAGUCAAGCUCGUCUUCCAUGAUCUCAUCUACUGGUACCUCUCUGGUUGAUGUAUGUCCAUUCUAUUUUGAUCCUGGGAACCCAUAUUCUGAUAUUGUCAAUAAUCGUGUGAAGUAUCACCCAGCACGUCAAAAGAAGAGAAAAAUCAGCAACCUCCAGAACCCAGUCAUAAAUAACGGAGAAGAUAAAAUUAAUAACGGGGCUUCCAAUGAAAAUGGAAAGAAGUCUAUAAAGCAGAGCCUCUCAAAUAUGAAUCUUCGGAAUCUUUUCUAA